AUCUGUUGUCACCAUUCCUCAUUGCCAUUGCAUAGCUUGAGAAAGAGAUCAAUCAAGCCAAAGAGAAAGGAUGGCAUCAGGCUUGCAAGUGUUUGGCCAGCCAGCAUCUACCGAUGUUGCCAGGGUUCUGACAUGCCUCUUUGAGAAGAAUUUGGAGUUCGAUCUUGUCCGCAUUGACACAUUCAAGAGGGAGCACAGGCUUCCUGAGUUCAUUAGGCUGCGGGAUCCAAGUGGACAAGUGACAUUCAAGCAUGGUGACAAGACUCUUGUUGAUCCAAGGGCUAUUUGCCGGUACCUCUGUACCCAGUUCCCAAACCAGGGAAACAGGAACCUCUAUGGGACUGGUUCUCUGGAACGGGCCUCAAUAGAACAGUGGCUGCAAGCAGAGGCUCAGAACUUCAACCCUCCCAGCUCGGCCCUCGUGUUUCAGCUGGCAUUUGCUCCUGUUUUGGAAAUCCCUCAAGACCACAUGGUCAUUGCAGAGAAUGAGAGGAAGCUUCAGCAAGUCCUCAACGUCUACGAUGAAAUACUCUCGAAGAACGAGUACCUGGCUGGCGAUGAGUUCACCCUGGCUGACCUCUGUCACCUUCCGGACUCGCAGUACAUUGUGAGCUCGGAGGGGGGGAUGAAGCUCUUCACCUCCAGGAAAAAUGUGGCGAGGUGGUUCGACCAAAUCUCGAGCCGCAAGACGUGGGAGCAGGUUGUCAAGAUGCAAAUGGAGCAUCCUGGCGCGUUCGAGUAGCGCCUUGGUGGUCGCAAGCAAGUGUCGAGCUCAUAUCGAAGAGCUCUCUACGUUUAUCGAUCUUAUUUUCAUGUGUUCUUUCGUCAUCGUUGCUACUUGUGCUGUCGUCGUUUACUGAAUCCCCAUCAACGUUGUCUUGUGAACCAGAAUAAUAUGACGCCUGUUUGUGAUGUAUUGUGUACAUCGGCUGCUUAAAAUGCGUUUGCCCUUGUCCACUGAAUAAAACCAUAUGUAUGUUUUAUCAGGUGUA